ACUGGAUUCUACUCUGGUUUUAGCCAAAUUUGUUGUAUUGUCAAACUUUUUCUCAACACAGACUCUGCGUGUUUGACCGGCUCAAUAAAAUACUUUCCUGGAGUUUCAGGCUUCCAUUCUCUAGUAGUGGAAAUAAUUUGCAAUCGUCAUGGUUCGAUCCGGAAUGAUGAGAGGAGGUCGCGGCGGAAUGGGCAUGGGUAUGCGAGGAAUGCGUGGCGUACCUUUUAUGAACAAGAAAAGUUUCUUGCCCCGGCAUCCUUUCGAUUUGACGCUAGCUGAGCCAGCAUUCCCAAGAGUUUCUUCUCCGCCUGAUGAUUCGGUGCUGACAAAUGCACUGCUCAAGCGCAGCCAAGAUUUGAACCCAACUUCACAGGAACAGACGGCCAUUUCCAAUCUGGUAACCAAGGUGCAGGCCGUGUUGGACAACUUGGUUGUUGCCCCUGGGGAUUUCACCAAAUGUCAGCUGGACGAAGUACGCCAAGUGGGAUCGUUCAAGAAAGGAACCAUGAUGGCAGGACAUAAUGUCGCCGAUAUUGUUAUAAUCUUGAAGACACUCCCAACAAAAGACGUCGCCGAGGUGUUGGGCAAAAAAGUCGAGGAAGAUAUCCAAAAAUCAAUGAAAACAGAGGUUGUUCCGAAAGCUGAAGCGAUUUCUUUGGAGCAUAGUGAAAAAUGCUUCGAGAUUUCCAAUUCGUUAGCCAAGGUGCGUUGCCUGAUUGGAACCUUACCGCAAAAUAUUCGCAAACUCGACACUGAAAAACAUCUCGAUUUCAAAGUUGUUCAAAGUCACCUAGCAUCGAUCAGACAUGCCCGUUGGUUUGAGGAGAAUGCCCAUCAUUCGACUAUCAAAGUAUUGAUUCGAAUUCUCAAAGAUCUCUCAAAACGUUUCGACGGUUUCUCUCCUCUGAACCCAUGGAUCUGUGAUCUGCUGGCUCAUUCAGCCAUCAUGAACAAUCCUAGCCGCCAAGCGCUCCCAGUCAAUUUGGCUUUUAGGAGGAUUUUUCAGUUACUAGCUUCGGGACUUUUCGUACCGGGAUCAGCCGGCAUAACGGAUCCAUGUGAGGUCGGUCACAUCCGGGUGCACACAUCGAUGAGCCUUGUCCAGCAGGAUGAAUGCUGCAUGACAGCCCAGACACUGGUGCGUGUGUUGGCUCACGGUGGAUACAAACACAUUCUCGGGUUCGUUGAGAACACCACCGUAGCGAAGGAAAUGUCCGUCUGGGACGGUGUGGUAGUUUCACCAAUGGAACCGGCGUAUGUGAAGCCGGCGGAGAAAAAGGAUGGCGAGGAAGAAGACAUGGAGUGCGUUGAGGAGUCCGCAAUGGAGGAUGACAGUGGCGAGUAAUAAGGCUCUGGAGCAGAUGGAACUGAACAUUUGAUCGAGCCAAAAGAAUGCAUUUCUAGAUUGUAACUUUCCAUAAAUAACUAUCCACGCUUUUUAAUUUAAUAAAAUAAACUACAGUGUGCAACUUAA